ACAUUAAUUGUUGUACUUUUGUUAAGUAAAGUCAUGAAGUUUCUGACAUUUUGUAUGGUUUUAAGCCUGUUUUAUUUGGAAAUUUAUGGAGAAAGCUACAAAGAUGCAAAAGUCGUUGACUUUACAAUUGAUACUGAGAAGCAAUUAGAAGCACUGAAGCGUUUGGAGCUGGAUGAUGGGUUUAAGUUCUGGAUAUCACCAUAUCAAGUUGGUAUCAAGACUCAGCUCAUCAUUUUAGCACAAAAGUUUAUAGAAUUCCAAGAACUUGCUCAGGAAACUGGACUUAUUUAUCAACUUAUUACUGAUGAUGUUCAAAGCUGGUUUGAUAAAGAAAAACCUGAACGAUCAAGAAGAAGGAAAGAAGGCGAAAUAGUAUUCGAUGAAUACAAAACGUAUGAAGAAAUUUUAAACUUUCUCGACCAAAUGCAUGCAGAUUAUCCAAAUGUGACUGAAAUCUUUACUCUUGGCACUUCAUUUGAGGGAAGAGUUAUUAAAGGAAUCAAAAUCACUAAAAAUGAAGACAGUCCAAUCUUAUUUAUUGAUGCACAUAUUCACGCAAGAGAAUGGAUAGCUUCGGCAUCAGCUGUGUGGCUGAUUCAUGAGCUGUUGACAACACAAGAUGUAAAUGUUAGAGAACUUGUUGACGGAUUGACUUGGAUUAUUAUUCCACUAUUGAAUCCUGAUGGAUACAUUUACAGUCAAAAUGUUGAUCGUACAUGGAGAAAAACGCGUUCAACUAAUGCAUCAAUGUUAUGUACUGGAGCUGAUCCUAAUAGGAACUUUGCUUAUAAUUUUAUGAUGGGUGGAGCAUCCCAAGUAGCUUGCACUGACACUUUUGCCGGACGUGCACCAUAUACAGAACCAGAAGUGAAGGCGCUUGUCGAUUAUUAUGAAAAAGUUCAUGAAAAGGUCAAAAUUUAUUUGUCAUUCCAUUCCGCUGCUGAGAUGAUCUUGUAUCCAAUGGGACAUACUGGUACAUUUGAGGAAGUUCCAAAUGUUGCUGAUUUGGACGCCAUAGCUGCAGCUGCUGCAACUGCAAUUAAAGUAAGAUACGGAACAAACUACGUCUAUGGAAAUUCCUACAAUACACUGUCUGUUGCAUCUGGAACCAGUAAGGAUCACAUGUAUGGACACUUUAAGACACCAAUUUCCUAUACAUAUGAAUUUAGAGUUGCUAAGAAUGGACUCAGAUUCGUACUUCCAGCUGAUGAAAUUAUUCCAAACUCUGAAGAAAUGUUUGAUGGAAUUUUGGCAAUGAUUGUAAAAUCAAAGGAACUUGGGUAUUUUUAAGGAAAUUUAUCAUGCUGGAUGUGAUUGUGGUGGUUAAAAAUCGAUUAAAAUCGACAUGCU